AAAUGGCCCAAACAGAUGAGCAAAGAUGCAUCCCGCCAGAGCUGCCGGAAAUGCUGAAGAAGUUUGCCAGAACCGCCAUCCUGGCGCAGCCGCAGGACCUCCUCCAGUUUGGGGUCGAUUAUUUUGAGGCCCUGUGCCGUGGAGAGAGUCCUCCGGUGAGAGAGCAGUCUGAGCAAGUCAGUUUGUGUAACUGGGCAGAAUUAACACCUGAGCUGUUAAAGACCCUGCAUUCUCAGGUUGCCAGCAGACUGAUCAUCUGUGCAGAUGAGCUGGCCCAGAUGUGGAAGGCGCUGAAUCUUCCAACAGAUCUGUUUAAUAGUGUGAUGAAUGUGGGUCGCUUCACGGAGGAGAUUGAGUGGCUCAAGUUUUUAGCCCUCGCUUCCAGUGCUCUGGGAGUUACUAUCACCAAAACUCUCAAGAUAGUGUGUGAGGUCUUAUGUGACCAUGAUGGUGGGCCACCCCGGAUACCUUUCAGCAUGUUCCAAUUUCUCUACACGUAUAUUGCCAAAGUGGAUAGGGAGAUCUCUGCAUCACAUGUCAGCCAGAUGCUAAGCUACAUUGAGCAGGAAGUAAUUGGUCCUGAUGGUAUAAUCACAGUGAAUGACUUUACCCAAAACCCCAGGGUUUGGCUGGAGUAAAAGCACAAUUUUGGCAAUUUUAAGGGCAGAUACAGAGAUGACUGUACUUCAGAAUGACUGAAACCCUUAUACCCUCCAAAAUCAAUUUUCUUGUACAACUGGUACACACUAAUAAACAAUUAAAGAAACAUAUGAAAUCAGAAA